AUGGAAAAAUAUUUGGAAUAUUUAAGUGGAAAGAUCAUGUGUCGCAAGAAAGUCAUAAUGCAACUUUAUUCUCUAAUUGGUUAUUCAGAUGAACCAAUGCCACAUAGCAUAUUUAUUUAUGGUCAUGUAGCUACUGGAAAAUCCUUAGUAGUGCAAAGUAUGCUUUCCUAUUUAAAGUACAAUAUAACUAUUAUCAAUUGUAUAGAACAUGUGAAUAGCAAACACCUAUUUGACUAUAUUUUGGAUGAUUUAUCAUCAUAUUUAAUUAAUUCCACAACUAAUAUCAAAGUACCAUGUAAAUGCGAUAAUUUUGCAGACUUUGUACUAAAUCUUAAAGAAAUUUUUGCGAACGAUACUCGACCGAUUGUAGUAGUACUCGAUAAAUGUGAUAAAUUAAGAGAUAUUGAUGCUAAUUUAUUACCUGCAUUUUCAAAACUUAAAGAAUUAACAAAUGUUAAUAUUUGUGUAAUAUUUACAAGUGGUAUAGUAUGGGAAAAGUUUCGUGUUAAAAUAGGUGUACACGAGCCAAUUAAAAUUAAUUUUUCGCAGUAUACACGUAACGAAUUCACUGAACUUUUACUUUUAACUAAACCACAUGGUUAUGAAGAUAUAUUUUAUACAAAUUAUUUAAAUUUAUUUCUUUCCGUAUUUUUUCGAUUUUGUCGAGAUCUUAACGAACUCCGUUACAUGGCCAAAAUAAAUUUUUCUAAAUAUAUAGAACCCAUUAAAAUUGAUCAAUCUAAGAAAAACGACACUGCUAUGUUAUGGAGAAAUAUUUCUGCUAUUUUUAAGACAAAUUUGGAAGUUAUUUAUCUAAGAGUUUCCUCCGAAAAUUUCACAAAACAUAAUCGAUUAUCUAAAGAAAUUGAAUCAACAAUGAAACUAGCAUUGAGCUUUGAAUUACCAUAUUAUGCAAAAUACAUGUUAAUUGCAUCAUAUCUUGCUUCGUAUAAUCCUGCAAAAGAAGACAAAUACUUAUUUAUGAAACAAAAGUUUAAAAGAAAGAAAAAAGUUAUUAUUAAAAAAAAGAUAACAUUAAACGUUUUUUGUAAACCGCAUAAUUUUCCAGUAUCUAGAAUGAUCGCCAUUUUUUGUGCGAUUCUCGAUGAAAAGGUUGAUAUAAACGCUAAUUUACUUGCACAGAUACCAUCUAUGUGUCAACUUGGUUUACUAUCAGUAGUAGGGAAUUAUAAUUUAUACGAACCUAAACUCAAGUGUUGUGUAUCGUAUGAUUUUAUUCUCGUUAUAGCUAAGACCGUUGGCUUUAGUAUACAGAACUAUUUCUAUAAUUUUAUGUGA